AUGGUUGAGAAUCCGUAUGAGGAAGUGCAGGUCAAUGUGUUGUCGCGUAUUAUUGCCAACGUGGAGAAGCUGAACCAGAGUGUUCGCACAUUGAACCAGGAGCUAGAGAACGUAAACAAGCGCAACAAGAACCUUGAAGUUAUGGGUCAGAUAUGUGAGAACUACCACAGGAGCGUGCAAUUCAACCUGGAGGCCACCGGGAAUAAGAAACCUCCGUUGUGA